UUGACGCACUCUGUGGUGUCUCCUCUGCAGGUGUUCGCUUUUGACCACUGUUUCUGGUCCAUGGAUGAGUCCAACGUUCCCAAAUAUGCUGGUCAAGAGGUGGUGUUCAAGUGCCUUGGAGAAGGAAUACUUGAGAAUGCAUUCCAGGGAUAUAAUGCCUGCAUAUUUGCCUAUGGACAAACAGGCUCUGGCAAGUCUUUUUCCAUGAUGGGUAAUGGAGAGCAGCCAGGUUUAAUCCCCCGACUGUGCUGGUCGCUGUUUGAGAGGGUUCACAAGGAGACGAACGAAGGACAUACUUUUAAGGUGGAAGUGUCCUACAUGGAGAUCUACAACGAGAAGGUCCGUGACCUGCUGGAUCCCAAAGGGAGCCGCCAGUCUCUGAAAGUACGGGAGCACAAAGUCCUGGGUCCAUAUGUGGAUGGUCUUUCGCAGCUGGCUGUGACUGGCUUUGAGGACAUUGAGGUGUUGAUGUCGGAGGGGAACAAAUCUCGCACGGUCGCAGCCACCAACAUGAAUGAGGAGAGCAGUCGCUCACACGCCGUCUUCAGUAUCAUCGUCACACAGACGCUGUACGACCUACAGUCAGGGAAUUCGGGGGAGAAAGUGAGUAAGAUGAGCCUGGUUGACUUGGCGGGAAGUGAGAGAGUUUCCAAGACUGGAGCUGCUGGGGAGCGACUCAAAGAAGGCAGCAAUAUAAACAAGUCUCUCACCACAUUGGGCUGUGUGAUUUCUGCUCUGGCCGACCAGUCUGCAGGAAAGGGGAAAGCCAAAUUUGUGCCUUACAGAGACUCUGUCCUCACCUGGCUUUUGAAGGACAACCUUGGCGGAAACAGCAAGACGGCCAUGAUAGCCACGGUGAGUCCGGCUGCCGAUAACUACGAGGAGACGCUGUCCACGCUGCGUUACGCCGACAGAGCCAAGAGAAUCGUCAACCACGCCGUGGUCAACGAGGACCCCAACGCUCGGAUCAUUAGAGAGCUCAGAGAAGAGGUGGAGAAGCUGAAGGUUCAGCUCUCUCAGGCUGAGUCCAUGAAGGCUCCUGAGCUGAAGGAGAAACUUCAGGAAUCGGAGAAACUCAUUCAGGAUAUGACGGUCACCUGGGAGGAGAAGCUGAGGAAGACCGAGGAGAUUGCCACUGAGCGUCAGAAGCAGUUGGAGAGCAUGGGCAUCUCCUUGGAAACUUCUGGGAUUAAAGUGGGUGAAGACAAGUGUUUCCUGGUCAAUCUGAAUGCUGAUCCUGCAUUAAACGAGCUACUGGUUUACUACCUGAAGGAGCACACACGCGUGGGUGCGGACACGUCCCAGGACAUCCAGCUCUUUGGCAUCGGGAUCCAGUCGGAACACUGCGUCCUGGAGCUCUGCCCCGAUGGCGACGUCACCUUGAUGCCCAUGGGCAACGCCAGGUCUUGUGUGAAUGGCACAGUGAUCGACUCCUUGGUGCACCUGUGGCAUGGAGACCGAAUCUUGUGGGGAAACAAUCAUUUCUUCAGGAUAAACCUACCGAAGCGAAAGCGGCGGGACCGUUUGAAGGAACUGGAGAGAGCGUCUCCCAGAGAGAGCUUUGUGGAGGCAGAUGUGGAGACGGCCAGCGAGGCCUCCUCUGAGCAGGACUACAACUAUGAGUUUGCCCAGAUGGAGGUCAUGAUGAAGACUCUGGGGAACAAUGACCCCAUGCAGAACGUGGUCCAGGUGUUGGAGAAGCAGUACCUGGAGGAGAAGCGCUUGGCUCUGGAGGAGCAGAGGCUGAUGUAUGAACGAGAGCUGGAGUCGCUACGGCAGCAGCUCUCCCCAGAGAAAACCUCGCAGCACCACCGCAGCAGCAGCGAGCGCCUCACGUUCCCAACGCACAUGCCACACAGCAAGCUGCGACUGUGGACCGAGGAGCGGGAUGAGCUUUUUCGUCAGAGUCUCUCUCGACUCAGAGAGCAGGUCGUCAAAGCCAACACUUUGGUGCGAGAAGCCAAUUUCUUGGCGGAGGAGAUGAACAAACUCACUGACUAUCAGGUCACGCUUCAGAUUCCUGCAGCCAACCUCAGCGCCAACCGCAAGCGGGGAGCCAUCGUGAGCGAGCCAGCCAUUCAGGUGCGGCGGAAGGGGAAGGGUACCCAGGUGUGGACCAUCGAGAAGCUGGAGAACAAACUGGUUGAUAUGAGAGACCACUACAGAGACUGGAAGGAAGGCACAGACGAAACGUUUUUCCAGUAUCACAAAGCUAACGGUAAACACUGCGAUCCGUUCUACGAGGCGCACGAGAACCACAACCUCAUAGGAGUGGCCAACAUUUUCCUGGAGUGCCUUUUCCACGAUGUCAAACUGCAGUAUGCUGUCCCAAUCAUCAGCCAGCAGGGAGAGGUGGCCGGCAGAUUGCACGUGGAGCUGACGCGAGUGAGCGGAGCCGUGCCCGAGCGCCUGUCCGGAGGAGACGACUCGUCAGAAAACUCCAGCGAGAGCAGUUGCUACGAGGUCAUGGACACAAAUGGAGAGAUCGUUCACAUGGCCAAGAGGCUCACCUGCAGGGUGAGGAUCAGGGAGGCCACCGGGCUGCCUCUCAAUCUCUCCAACUUUGUGUUCUGUCAGUACACUUUCUGGGAGCACGGGGAGCCUGCUGUGGCUCCUCCCAUGGUCAGCCCAGACAGGCCUUCCCCUCGAAGCCCAGACGCUCAGUUCACGGUCCAGUUUGACCACUGCAGAGACUAUGUUGUGCAGGUAACAGAUGAGUUUUUGGAGUUCAUCUCAGAUGGAGCGCUGGCCAUUGAGGUUUGGGGUCACCGCUGUGCAGGGAACAGGCGCUCUCUUUGGGAGCUGGAUGCACUAGAAGCAAAGACCCAGACGCUCCGAGACAGGUGGAGUGAGGUGUCUCGCAGGAUUGAGCUGUGGGUCUCCAUCCAGGAGCUCAAUGAGCAGGGAGAGUACACGCCUGUGGAGCUCCAGCCCGGAAAAGACAUUAGCACAGGAGGAGUAUUCCAACUCCGGCAGGGUCACUCAAGAAGGCUCCACGUGUGCGUGAGGCCGGUCCAGAACUCGGGCACCCUGCCUCUGCUGGUGGAGGCUGUGCUGAGUGUUUCUAUUGGCUGUGUGUCGGCUCGCUUCACCAAACUACAGAGGCCACUCGACAGCUACCAGAGAGAGGUGGAGGACGAUAUGGAUAGUUAUCAGGAAGAAGAUCUGAACUGUGUCAGAGAGCGGUGGUCAGAUGCCCUGAUCAAACGCAGGGAGUAUCUUGACGAACAAAUCAAGAAAAUCAUCUACAAACAUGAAAAGUCAGAGGAGGACAUUGAGCGUGAAGCUCGGCUGGUGGAGCAGUGGGUGGGCCUUACCGAGGAGAGAAACGCGGUACUGGUGCCCGCACCCAGCAGUGGCAUUCCUGGAGCCCCCGCCGACUGGGCUCCACCUGCAGGGAUGGAAGCACACAUUCCUGUUCUCUUCCUGGACUUAAAUGCCGAUAAUCUGACAGUGAACGAGCAGCUGACGGGGCCUCACGCUGCAGGGGUUAACUCCAUCCUACCCAAGGAGCACGGCAGCCAGUUCUUCUAUCUACCCAUCAUCAGGCACAGCGACGAGGAGGUGUUGGCGGUGUGCUCCUGGGACUCAUCCAUUCAUGACUCUGUGCACCUCAACCGGGUCACUUCACCUCACGAACGCAUCUACCUGAUAAUCAAAGCCACCGUGCAGCUCAGCCACCCCGCCUCCAUGGAGCUUGUGCUCCGCAAGCGGAUUGCUGUCAACAUCUAUAAUAAACAGAGUUUCACCCAGAGUCUCAAGAGAAGAAUGUCUCUAAAGAACACACUUUACUCCAGUGGUGUCACUUAUGAGAUUGUAUCCAACAUACCAAAGGCCUCAGAGGAGCCAGAGGAGAGGGAGACCUUGGCCCUGAUGGCCGCUCGUGGGGACAGUGAGGAGACUCGGGAUGGAGAAACCUACAUAGAGAAGUACACACGAGGAGUUCUGGAGGUGGAGAACAUCUUAAGUCUGGAGAGGCUACGACAGGCUGUGACGGUGAAGGAAGCACUUGCUACCAAGGGGAGACAUUUAAGGAGGAGUAUCAGCACACCAAAUGUACAGCAUUCUUCGUGCAGUAAGAUUGACCUGACAGCUUGUGAGGAUGAAGAGUACAAAGCUCAUCAGGACCAUUGUGAUCAUCCUGGAAACGCCGACUGCAGCCCUCAAGAUGGAUCCCUUUCUUCCACACCUAUUAAAAACAAAGAAAACCCAGGCUUAGUUCCGGAGAGUCCUGCCUUUUUCAGCGCCAGCUCUUUCAAAGUGCUGUCGCCCCAGCCGCCUAAGUUCCUCAAGUCUUUACUUCCUGUGAAAGAGGAGAACAAAGCAAAGAAAGUGCUGGAGGCCCGGCCACUGCUGGGACUAGAGAGCAUGCGCUCAUGUGUGGACAGCCCUGCACUGCUCCCCUCUCCCUGCUCCUGGCUCCGGCCCAGGGCAGGCAGCGAGGGCCACUGCAAGCCUUCCACCCCAACCUCCACCCCCACCUGCACCCCCAUCAGCAGACAGCUCAGCCACACACUGCCACGCACUGCUCAGGACUCUGAUGAUGAGGAGACGGUUGUGGACGUGGCUGUGACUCUAACUCGAGGCCCGCCGGACCAAAGCGGCUUCCAGGCUUACGUCCCAGAGGACUUUGCAAACUUUGAGGUCUAUAACGCCACUCUGGAGGGCCAGGAGGGGUUUCGGUCUGACUUGAAGGGAGGCCGGUGUGGAAGCGGGGGGGGGGACAGAGAGGCGUCCCGCAGCCCCACGGCUAGCAGCUGCACCAGCGGCUACUUUUCACAAAGCGCCUCCAACGCCACCCUGUCCGACAUGCCUUUCAGCACAAGCGAGAGCUCUGACCACCUGAGCUGCACUGCCAGAGACUCUCAGGACCCUCUGGGCAGCCUGGCUGGAAGAGGAUGCCUCCAAACCAAAAGUGCUCCUGCAGGGAGCGACACCCAGCAGCAGCCGCCUCUUUCAGCUGCUGGGGUCAGUGACCCGCUUGUCCAUUCAGCCUCCUCGUCCGUCAGUAUCCCUGACUGCACAGAGAAGCAGGACUCCUGCCCUCUACCCAGCCUCAGCACCAGCCUGGAGUUCACUGACUUCAAAGGGGCCGAUGAUAGUAUUAGAGAGGGUGAUUUAGCACAUUUUACCGAGAGAUGGGAGCCGGAAAGGUCGGACAUUUCUGGAGGCCAAGAGAAGAAACCAGAUCCUGUAGAAACAUGUGACACUGACAAUCCGCUUCUCUCUGAUGUGUGUAGAGAGACGCCUAGUCCUGAAAAUGCAAUAUGCAAAGGUGCAAACUAUGAAGACCGUUUUCAUGAAACCGCAGACUGUGCUUCUGUCAAAUCCCCAAUGUUUGUCCCUGGCCAAGCCCCGUCCUCAGCCCUCAGUAUUCCCUCUCUACCAAUCCCUUCUCCAACAUCGCCCCCCGUGGUCAAACCUUUCACCACAGCUCCAUCAAAGGGCCCAGCUCCACGGGCAGGAGGGGAACCUCCAAUCCAGGAGCCCGCCCAGGGGGAUCUGCCUCACGGGAGCCCCUGCCCCAGCCCCAACCCCGGCAGCGCCGAGCCCUCCGGGGACUCCAGCGGCGACGAGAGCACCCCCGUCGCUCAGCUCCCCGACUGGAUGGCACCUGGGGAGCAGGUGUGGGUGGGGAAGAGGAGAGGAACAGUCCACUAUGUAGGAGGGGUGGAGUUUGCAAAGGGGAUCUGGAUUGGCGUAAAGAUGGACAUGGCAGUAGGUAAGUGGCUUUUGAGUGAGUUCUGUCGGCAAGCACAAUGGGACUGUCCAGGGCAGAGUGUACUUCCGCUGUCCCCCAGACCACGGUGUGUUUGUGAAGCCGUCUCGACUAACCAGAGGACCACCUUCCAUGGAAACAGAACCCCAGACUCUGAUCAGAUAGGACCCAAAGAAGGACUGGUUUUCUGAGGAUCAACAGGGACCGAAGAGUUCUCCUGUGAGGCCGACUUUUGACCACUCAUUUCUCUGAGCUUAUGCAUUCUGUCAGCGUGGAUGCUUUGCAUCAGUAUGUCUUGCCUGUGCAUUAUAUAAGUUUUUUUUUUAGUUAAAGUUCACUGAAGAAGACAAAAAGGAUCUCUAUGCACAUAUGAGUUUUCUAUAUGGUCAUAUUUUUAUAGAGGACUUAACUUUUAACAGGGAAUGAAACAUCACCCACAUACUUUUUCCUACAUGGGUUUAGAACAGUGUAUAUAAUAUUUUUGUAUGACAAUACAGUCUUUCCUCCAAGGCUCACAAUGGAGUGACUUGGGACAAGAAGAUAAGAAUGUACUACUGUUAAUAAACAUUGAUAUACAUCAAUCGGAUAUGUCAGGGCUAACCAAAGAACUACAGUUCCAUAUCUGCUGUUUUGAGUUACCUGCUAUUUUUCUAAUGUGCAUAUACGGAGAUAUUCUUUAUUAAUAGACGUGUCCAAGUAAAGCUUAGUGCCAUAUCUCGAGGAGUAAUGCCACAUACCCUGAGCGUAGGACAAAAACCUAAAGGCUGCUUUCGGGGUUGGCAGUUAGAAGUGAUCCUGUUGAUGUACUGUAACACUGUGGAGGAAACGAUCCCUAUCCGGCAUCAGACCGAUGCCGUUUAAAAGCUUGCACUGGAAAGGGUUCUUGGAGAGUUCACCAACCGUCUUCUGUGUUGGUCUGAUAAAAAAAACAUUUGUAAACGCAUGCUGUCGCUCAGAACCACGUCACCGGGCUUUGUGUGAAGCUCGGAUAUACUGAUGCCUUACUGCCCUGCUUGAUUUAGACGAGGCACAUAAAGCCCAGACUGAGUUGUUUUGCUUCUUUCUUUUUUUUUAUUAUUAAGAAUUGUAGGGACCUGAGAUCUGUAUGUUUCAUCAAGCCCAUCGGUAUUCAGGACACCAUCCUGCCUUGCUGACUGAAUAAUCGAAUGCCUUUUCAACUGACUGAACAUCUGAAUUCUGUGUGAACUGACUGAAGUGCAGCCACAUGUUAGAAGGUACUCGUUGUAUUGUAUUCACACGGAGGAUUGGCUGAAUGCCUGACAUCAUGGAGUUACAGAAAAUGGUGCAUCAUUAGAUCAUCUGAGAAGAUGACUUGUCCUAUGUUGUUUUUUUUUGGAAGUGGUGAACUGUGGAGCCGAAUAGAAGUGGUUGACAAUUGAACCUGCAAUUUUCAAGUUAAUGAAAACGACCCAAGACCUUACUUUAAAGAAGAGAACAAAGCUGCUCUCCCUAAUCAGGAGCUGUAAAUAGAUCUGUAUUUGAACAUAGUAUUUACGCUAUUAUAAUGUACAGAAUUGUAUUUAUAUUGUAUCUGUUUAUCUGGUACAGAAUGUUCUAGAAUAGAACAUUUGCUAUCAGUGUGUGUGUGUCUGUUGCCUCUUUAUUUGACUCAUUCAAAUUCAUUUAAUGCAGUUACUGUGGAUAAUUAACAGUUUGGUGCAGUAUUUCUCAACAUUAGAUUUUAAGAACAUAAAAGGCUUUGCAAAUGUUUCUUACCGCCUACUUCAACAGGGUCCAGAUAGCUUUUUAUUGACUGAAACUUGAAAAAUUGUGGUGAAUUAAAGCAGGCCUAAAAAAUUAAGUUAGGGUUUGUUUAGAUAGUUCUAAAUAUUUCUGUUAAAUCCAAGACUUUGAUGUCCA